AUGGUGAGACUGACAAAAAUACUUCACAGUGGGCUAAGACGGAUUUCUCGAUUCGGUUCAUUAUAUGGAUCAAAGACCCGGUCCCUUACUUUGCCUCAACAGAAUGCGUUUUUCAAGUCCAAGUUGGCCUUCCUGAUUGCACUGAUAUUUCUUUGCUCCAAUCUGUUUCUUUCGUCUACAGUACUUACUGCGUCAAAUUAUUCCCAGUAUAUCGAGGGUUCUAAGGUUUUAGAUGGAUUUUUCAAGUUGGAUCUACGACUCUUCCAAACGAGCGGAUUUCUCAACAAGUUCAGAGUGACAUCUAAACCAAAGGUGUUUGUCGGUAAGAACAGAAAGUUUAACCAGUUCAGUUCCAACAUAUCGUCGGUGGCACACUGGAGCAAAUUACUACAGGUUUACGAAAAGGAGGAAAAUCCUGAAAAGUAUCUUGAUGAGCACAAACUCUCUUUCCAUUGGGCUGAUUGGAUCGACACUUCACCAGCAAACGCCUUUAUUGAUGCGUAUGAUUCUUUAUUAGCGGAGUAUGAUAACGAUCCCGGUGAGUUGGCCAAGGUUGUUCAAGAGCGGUGCAUGGCAGAACUAUACGAUGGUUCAGAUCGAAAGGAUGGAAACCUCUACGCAAAGGAGAGAUUGAAGAUUUUCGAACAGCUUGAAGACAUUGGUAUUUGUGGUUCAAUUUUCAUUCACUACUAUAUUCAACCUCCUAAAUUGCUUGUUUUCGAAACCGAUUUCCACUAUUUUUCAUGGCCUCUUGAGCAUGAAAUGGCUGAGAAGCCACGUACUAUAAAGGAAUUUGCCUCAACGUACUACAAUGCUCCUAAGGUUUCAGCUUGGAAGGUUCAUGAAUUUUUCGACAAGACCUCAACAGAGUUGUCCAAGUUCCCAGAAAAGAUGCGUGAAAUUUUCAAAUCAAAGAAUUUAAGUACCAAGAAGAUAUCUCUUCAAAAGCAAAUUGAUCCCCCAAAAGAUCAUUUUGAGAGACCUGAUACCGAAAAAAUCCUCAAGCAGUUAGAAGAGAAGGGAAACCUCAACAAAAAAGAGAAGGAACUUGUGGAGUUUUUGAAGUUCUCUCGGGAUAAUGUGGCCAAUGCUGACAAGUUUUACUGGGAUUACCCAGAUCAAGGGUUCGAUAAAAUGGCUCGUUGGCAUCAUUAUAUUUUCCCAUGGUGUAAACAGUUGGUGGAUUCUAGGGAGCGUAUAAUGUCAAUUCACCAUUUCGUUAGAUCAUGGUUCAAACUUUGUGAAUUUGCGGGUGCUAUUUCUUGGGUUGGGUACGGUAAUCUCAUUGGUUGGUAUCGUCAUUCGCGUAAUUUGCCCUGGGAUACCGAUGUUGAUGUUGUUAUGCCCUUCCAGGAUCUGGUGGUGUUGAGUGAAAAGUUCAACGCAUCAUUAGUCAUUGAAAAUCCAGAACUUGGGGAUAAUAUCUUUUGGUUUGCAACAACGCCGUACUUCUAUCAACAGAAGGAUACCCAAUUCAUCGAUGCUCGUUACAUUGACCUUAAAACAGGAUUCUACAUCGACGUUUCUGCACUUUGGAAUUCAAAUGAAAGGGGACCGCCAGAUCAUUUUAAAGAUGAAGAUCCGAGUACCAUAUACCAUUGCAAGCAUUACAACUGGUUUUCUCAUAGUGAGUUGUUCCCUCUUAGACGUACAUUGUACGAAGGAGGCCAGGCUUAUGUUCCACAUGACUAUGAGAGUAUCAUGAUGCAUAAAUACGGUAAAAAAUCUAUGGAGGCUACAAGAUAUGAGGGUCACAACUGGCAGGAAGACAUUGGAAUCUGGGUCCCAAAUGAGAUCUGUGAGAAGGAUGCGGUUCCUCCUAAGGGGUCCAGAUUCGACAGUGAUGGGAGCUUGACGUUGUUUGGCGCCUGUAACGACUCUAAUAUUUUAGAAGAGUGGGCCAGGUUUAAGGAUUUAUAUGAGAUCCACAAGAAGGAGUUCAAAGGCA